AUGAAUGUUUAUCUUUGUUCAGAAAAAUUAAAUUCUUCCUUUCUCAUUCAAUUAUCUAACACAAAGUUCACUUUCUCUCCCUCCCUCCCUCCCUCCCUCCCUCCGUCUCUCCCUCCCUCCCUCCCUCCAUCUCUCCCUCCCUCCCUCCCUCCAUCUCUCCCUCCCUCCCUCCCUCCAUCUCUCCCUCCCUCCCUCCCUCCAUCUCUCCAUCCUCCCUCCCUCUCUCCCUCCCUCCUCCCUCCUCCCUCCCUCAUCCCUCCCCUCCCUCCAUCUCCCUCCCUCCAUCUCCCUCCCUCCCUCCCUCUAUCUCUCCUUCCUUUUCAUUCCUCCCUCCCCUCCCUCUAUCUCCUUCCUUUUCAUUCCCUCCCUCCCCUUCCUCUAUCUCUCUUUCCUUUUCAUUCCUCCCUCCCCCUCCAUCUCUCCUUCAUUCCUCCCCCUCCCUUCCUCUAUCUCUCUCUUCCUUUUCAUUCCUCCCUCUCCUUCCCUCUAUCUCUCUCUUCCUUUUCAUUCCUCCCUCUCCCUUCCUCUAUCUCUCUUCCUUUUCAUUCCUCCCUCUCCUUCCUCUAUCUCUCUCUUUUCAUUCCUUUUCUUUCCCCUUUUCUUUUUUCUUUUUUUCUCUCUCUUGGGAUUCUUUAUUUUGCUUAUUUUUUCUCUCUCUUACUCAUUGUCUUUUCUUUUCUCUCUCACGUUUCCUCUUUUCUUUCUUUCUUUUCUUUACACAAAUUCAAUUUCAAACACGGCCCGGCUGCAACAGAGAUAUAUACUUUCUUCUCUCUUGAUUUCUCUUUUCUUUCUUCAAACACAGGCUAUGAACAAUAUCCAGCCAUCGUCCCUGGUGGGGUUUACAUGUCAUUGUAUCAUAACAAUGUCAUUUCUGAUCCCUAUGCCAACUUUAAUGACGUCAACUACAGAUGGAUUUCAAAAAAGAACUGGAUAUUUAAGAAACAGUUGAACAUCACAGAUGAAAUGAUGGAUAAACAACAUCUUUUAUUAGUUUGUAAUGGUCUUGAUACAAUCGCUAAAGUAUCACUUAAUGGUCAUGUUAUUGGCAAUGUAUCUAACAUGUUUGUCCGUUAUAUAUUUGAUAUUAAAAAAUAUGCCAAGGCUGGUGACAAUGAAUUAAAAGUGUCAUUUACUUCUGCUGUAACGGCUGCUAAAGCUUUGUUUGACAAAUUACCUUAUGAGGUUCCUCCUAGUUGUCCACCCAUCAAACAAAAUGGAGAAUGUCAUGUUAAUAUGUUACGGAAGAUGCAGGCUUCUUUUAGCUGGGACUGGGGACCUGCAUUUCCUGAUCAAGGAAUUUGGAGAGAUAUUAGUAUUGAAUCUUUCAACAGUUCUCUCAUUGAAAAUGUCAAAGUAAAUACUUAUAAAGGUAAACAUGGUGGUUGGAAUUUAGAAGUGGAAGUGUUUUUUUAUCCUGAUUCAAAGGCACUUAUCACAGGUAAAUUAGCUAUCCACCUUUCAGCCCUGAAGAUCAUGUCAACUGUCAGUCUCAACUUGCCCAAAGGUGUCUACAGCAAGUUGAUUACAAUCAAAGUGCCAAAAAAUGAAGUUGUAAAACAAUGGUGGCCAAAUGGCUAUGGAGAUCCUUACCUGUACCCCCUGGAUUUGAUCUUUACCUCAGCUGAUGGCCAGGAACUUUCAGCAAAGCAGAUUCGUAUUGGAUUCCGUACUGUGAAAUUGGUCCAAAAACAAGUCACUGCUAAACCUGCCGAUGGAUUAUCCUUUUAUUUUAAAGUCAAUGGUGUCCCGAUCUUCUUCAAAGGCUCCAAUUGGAUUCCUGCUGAUAGUUUCCAAGAACGUGUUACAGAAGCCCGUAUACGGAAUCUUCUUCAAUCUACCGUUGAUGCCAAACAGAAUUCAAUCCGUAUCUGGGGUGGCGGAGUUUAUGAAAGUGAUAAAUUUUAUGAAGUUGCUGACGAACUGGGUAUCAUGAUUUGGCAUGACUUCAUGUUUGCUGUGGCUCUUUACCCAACAACACAAGAUUUCUUGAAUUCAGUCAAGGAAGAAAUAACAUACCAAGUUCGCAGAUUGAUGUACCAUCCCUCAAUUGUUAUCUGGGCAGGUAACAAUGAAAAUGAAUUGGCUCUGAGAAGCAACUGGUUUCUCACUUCUCUGAAUUUUGCUCGAUACAAGGCUGAUUAUGUGAAACUCUAUGUUGACACAAUAAUGCCAAUUGUGAAGAAAGAGGACCCAUGCCGACCAUACGUAACAUCAAGUCCUUCAAAUGGCAUCCAAACGAAAAAAGAAGAUUGGGUGGCUUUGAACCCUGGUGACCUCAGAUUUGGAGAUAUUCAUCACUAUGACUACAUCCGGGAUCUGUGGAAAGAUUCCGAUAUUCCCAUUCCUCGUUUUUCUUCUGAAUAUGGCAUUCAAUCAUGGCCUUCAUUUGCUUCCUUAAAACGUGUUUACAACAAAACUGAAAUGAGUUACUGGAGUAAAUUCACAAUUCACAGACAGCACCAUAUUGGAGGUCAAAUAGAAAUGGAGGCUGAAAUCUUGCAACAUUUUGAUAUACCUCCCCUCGUUAAAAAUAAUGAACUUGAAGAAUUUCAGAAACUCAUCUACUUAACACAGAUAAACCAAGCUAUGGCCAUCCGCUUUGAAACAGAAAGUUAUCGCCGACACCAAAGUCAACUUGUUGAAGGCUUAGGACUUACAAUGGGUGCCCUUUAUUGGCAGCUGAAUGAUAUUUGGCAGGGACCAACUUGGUCUUCUCUUGAAUACGAUGGAACCUGGAAAAUGCUACAUUAUUUCUCUCGAAAGUUCUUUGCACCAAAGUUAAUAUCACCAUACUUUGAUAACAAAGAUGUGCUUAAUGUGGAUAUGGUGUUUGAUGGAAUUCCUGUAAAAGAGAAGAGGAUAGUGACAAACUACACUCUCUCAUUGGUUCCAUAUUUUCAAAGAAAAGGUGCUCGGUCUCGUAUUCUUUCUGGUAAAUUACACAUCCAGGUAUACAAAUGGAAAAACAGGAACCCAUUAAAAACAUGGAUAAAAAAUUACUAUUUAAACAAAACAGCUGAUACUGUGUUUCAAAUUCCCUUGAAAACAAUUAUGGAGGAAAGCAAAUGCCCUCAAAAGUCACAAUGUUUCCUGUACUUUUAUACAAAAUCUCUAACAUCUGGACCAAAUUCCUGGCUGCCACUUGAUCGCUUCAAACCUGGAUCAGGAAUUCCAUUUGCUAAAAUCAAGGUGAUAAAUGUAACAGCCGUUCAGAAGCAGAAAAAAAAGCGAGUUUUUUCCAUUUCUUUAAGCAGUAAUAAAAUUGCACCUUUUGUUUGGCUUGAGGCACCUGGAAUACGUGGCCGUUUUUCUGACAAUGGGUUCCUGAUGAUGUGUAAGAAGAAAGUACUUAAAUUCUUUGCCUGGGAAGACAUAAAAGCAGACCAGCUGAAGAAUGCCUUGACUGUAAAAUCACUCAUGGAUGUUUAUCACUAA